CUCUAUUUCUGUGGGAGGUGUUUGAGGAUCAGAAGAUUAGUCGAGCGCUAUAAAACCGGAUGGCAGAGACACUGGACAUGAGCUGAAUUGAAGACAUAGCAGAAGAGAAGUGAAGAAGAACCACCAGGAGAGCCAGAAACUCCAGUACACGUAAGUGGGAGAAAUGGACGCCCCAGCACCUGUUGAGAAGAGAGGACCACCAAAGUUCAAGCAGAGGACCACUCGCACCUUCAAGAGCAAGGCUCCUAAACCUGGCCAGAAAGGCUUCGGAGAUGACAUCCCUGGGAUGGAGGGUCUCGGCACAGACAUCACUGUGGUUUGCCCAUGGGAAGCUUUUGGCGACAUGGAGCUCAGUGAUCUGGCAAAAUAUGGAAUUUUGUAGUGCAUCCACCAAACCUUCCUCCUUCUCUCUUCUGGAGAUCUUUGAUCUGCCAAGAUGAUCACAUAAUGUUACUCACAUGAGACUGAACCAGAAGCAGAUUCUCUCAGCCCAACACACAAAGAGGAUCUGACAUGAUUAAUGCACUUAUUUGGGGGGAAAAAGGACGACUGGCACAGUAACUCUCUACUGCUCUUCUUCACUGCAUCACUGGAGCUCUUAGCAGGAGGAAUUGAUCUCAGAGCCUCAAUAUCAUGCAGGAACUAAGUACAAAUCGACAUUUUUUUUUUUUAACUCUAAAUGUGAUUGUGUCUGUGUCAGAAUCAACUCAUCAUGAUUAAUUAAAACCAUCGAUUUGCCAGUAGAACACAAUUAAAAAAUUAAUUUCCCAAA